GCUGCUUCCUGCUUAACCACCUGCGUGUUCGCGUGUCACAUGGUGCGUUGUGAGCCAAUCGGGAAGCCAUAUCCUGGUUGCCUGGAGACGGUUGGACCAAUGAGUGUCAGGAUUAGUGUUUAUGAGGAAACCGUGAAGUAUUUCAAACCGACCUGUUUGACGGCGUGUAAACACCUGUAGUUCGCGGGCUAACAGAAACAAAUAAAUAAGAAUAUACAUAGUCUGCACAUUUAAAGAGUUUAUUGUAACGUGUUUAUGUGGAUAUGAUCAUAUACAGUGCUCGAGCUUCACGGAGAAAUAACUGAAGGACUGUCUUGUGUGUGUUGGAGAUGGGAGAUAAAUGGACCCCACAGACGACACUGGUGAUGAUGUCUGACCCUUGUCUGGACCCAAAAGACCUGUCGAGCAUUUCCCACAUCAGUGUGUCCCACCACACACACGUGCACACACUCCCCUCCACACACUCCUACAGCAUACUGAGUGCCUUCUGUACCCAGGACAACAUCCCGCAGUGUCUCACCUAUAUCAACCAGGAAGCCAGCUCGCUGGGCCUGUGUGGUGUGUGUGUGGAGUCCAGGAGUGGUUGUAAUGCUCUGAGUGCUGUGCCUGCCCUGAACCUGCUGUACGAGCUCCUCCAGCUGCACAGGAAACAACUGCGCACGCUGCAGGACCUAGAGCACCAUCAACUGAAGAGCUGCAGUGACCUGGAGCACCUACAGCACAACAACUCCCGCCUCAAAGACCAGCUGGAACACACCCGCAGGGAGAACUCGGGUCUUCAUGAAGGCGAGCGUCAGCUGCACUUAAAGAUCAGGACACUGCAGAGCUGCCUGAAGUCUGAGAAAGAGGAAGUACAGAAGCUCCAAAGCAUCAUUUCUAGUCGUGCCACUCAAUAUAGCCAUGAUGCCAAACGCAAAGAGAGAGAGUGCACCAAACUGAAGGAACGUCUGAACCAACUACUGGUGGACAAGAGGGACAAAAAACUUGCAAUUGAUGUGGUGAACUGUGUAAGUCGCUCUGAUGGGAAGAGAGGAAUGUGGAAGACGAGCAGGAUGGAGGCGAGACAUGAGGGUGAGAUGUACCGAGCUCUGUUGAGUGAUUAUGAGGUCAGACUUCAGGCUCUGAUGCAAGAGAAUGCUGAGCUGAAGAAGCUGCUGCAGCAUAUGAAGAGGGACAUGGUGUCUAUUCUCAGCCCAAAGACACACUGCAGCAGGACAGAGGACAGCCUGGACCAGGAGAACUCUGAGCCUGAGGACGAGUGUGAGGAAUGCAGUAAAGAGAAUCUGGAUCAGAUGUGUGUGGAGGCGCGAGAGCAGCUGACCAACAGCAUACGUCUGCAGUGGAGAAGGCUAAAGAACCACAUGCACACACUCGACACACAAGUGUCAGUGUCAGUGUCUCAAGAGGAAGUGAUCUCCAAGAGGGACCAUGAAGAGGCCAUGCAGCGCAUCAGAGUGGAACUGCAGCAAUGUACAGAGUUUAUACACACACAACAGCAGCUACUCCAGCAACUGGUCUCUCCAUGUGAUGAGGACACAGUGGCUAUACUGAAUGAUGGAUACACACUGGAGGAGAAAGAACGACUGAAGGACGAGUGGAGGAUCUUCAGUGAGCAGAAGAAAACCUUCGAGAGAGAGAGAAAGAACUUCACUGAGGCUGCAAUCCGACUGGGACACGAGAGGAAGGCGUUUGAGGAGGACCGGGACAUGUGGCUGAAGACACAGUUUCUAAACAUGACACCAUUUAUAGAGCGAAAACGACCUGCUACCUCUCAUAGCCAAUCAUCAUUCAAUGCUGAGCCUGAAGCCAAAGUGGUGUCCAGUCCAGCUCCCUCAGUUAGGGGUGUAUCCCAAACAGCGUUCUCCACCCCUAAAUCUGCCUCUCUGGGGCUGCCCUCCACUGCCGAGCUUUACCGCACGCUGCAGCUUUGCCCUGAUGCCAGGAGCUGUAGCAGACGCAGCAGCAGCACUGAGACAUCAAGUGACUCUUCUGCUGCACAGACACACUGAAGAACACACACACACACACACACACUCAACACAAACACACAGAGAAGAAAACACUAACUAUACACAAAAGCACUGAGAGAAAAUGUACACACACACUCCACACACACUCCACACACAUUACAAUAGCUUUAAAUCUAAGUGACAGUCGCUCUGCUGUUUACAUGUUUAUUGAUCGGAACACAGCGGCUGCAGGUACAAAUAUGAAUUAAUCACUCCUUUAUAUAAUAAUAAAGAACACUGCUAUUUUUUUCCUCUGUAUUUGCAUGUUAAUGCAGUACAAUGAAUGUGAUAUUUUUUAGUAAAUAUGAGAAUAUUUAAUUUGACACAGUGUCAUAUCAGAGGUCAGAGGAAUUAUGGGAAACAUUUUUACAAUAGUUUUUGUACACAUUUGUAAAUUUUGUUUAUUCCUCCAUGUGUGUGAUUUUAAAUUAUAGAAGGUUUAUUUUUAUUUGUACUUCACACUACUUUAUUAAAUGUUAUUUACGCACUAUUUUGGUGUACUGCUCAGUACAGCAGUGCUCAGUAGAACAGUGUGUGAUUUAGGUGUUCAUGUGUUUUCUUAGAUGCCAUUUUUGGAUACAACAAUGAAAUAAAGGAUUCAUUCAAUUA